AUGGACGAAUCCACAUUCUUCUUCCCACCUGAUUCAGACCUUGACCUCAGUUUCACAAGCACCACCACCGAUCGCACCUUCACCUCUUCUAGUGCUCGCACCAGCUUAGCCCGCACUAGCAGCUUAACCCUAACCCUCAGCUUCAACGAUCGCCUCUCCACCGCCUCUGCCACCGCAUACUCUACCGUCAACCGCCGUCCACACCGAAGCUCCGAUCCUCACUGGUCCGCCAUCAAGGCCGCCACCAACCUCUCCUCCGACGGCCGCCUCCACCUCCGUCACCUCAAACUCCUCCGCCACCUCGGCUCCGGCAACCUCGGCCGCGUUUUCCUCUGCCGCCUCCGCGACUACGACGGCGCCAACUUCGCCCUCAAGGUCGUCGACAAAGACCUCCUCACCGCCAAGAAGCUCUCCCACGCGGAAACCGAGGCAGAUAUCCUCCACGCGCUCGACCACCCGUUCCUCCCCACUCUCUACGCGCGCAUCGACGUCUCCCACUACACGUGCCUCCUCAUCGACUACUGCCCCGGCGGCGACCUCCACACCCUCCUACACAAACAACCAAACAACCGCCUAUCUCUCUCGGCGGCGAAAUUCUUCGCCGCCGAGAUCCUCGUGGCGCUCGAGUACCUCCACGCUCUCGGCAUUGUUUACCGCGACUUGAAACCGGAGAACGUUCUGUUACGCGAGGACGGCCACGUCAUGCUCUCUGAUUUCGACCUGUGCUUCAAAUCCGACGUGGCACCCACGUUUGAAUCUCGGGCCCACGAGCCCCACGUGAGGCCCACAGUUAGUUGUUUCAGUUGUAACAAACGGAGAAAAUCUUCUCAUACGGUUGCGGAGUUUGUUGCAGAGCCAACGACGGCGUUUUCUAGGUCGUGUGUUGGGACCCACGAGUACUUGGCGCCGGAGCUUGUCUCGGGUAACGGUCACGGUAACGGCGUGGAUUGGUGGGCUUUUGGAGUUUUCAUUUACGAGUUGCUUUACGGAACGACGCCGUUCAAGGGGUAUAGCAAGGAGAGCACCCUGCGCAAUAUAGCGUCGAGCAAGGAUGUGAAGUUCCACGUGGCAGAAAAGGAAGAGGCAGGGAUGGUGGAGGCACGUGACUUGAUAGAGAAGUUGUUGGUGAAGGACCCUAGAAGAAGGUUAGGGUGCGCUAGGGGUGCCACAGAUCUUAAACGACACCCGUUUUUUGAUGGGAUCAAAUGGCCCUUGAUUCGGACCUAUAGGCCACCAGAGGUGAAGGGGUUAUUGAGGAAGAAUAAAUCAAAUGUGGGUCACGUGACCUAUAAGAGGAGGAGAUGGUGGUGGAAAGGACUGGAGUAUGUCAUGAGGAAAAGAGGAGCUAAACAUAAUUUAUUUUCAAACUACAGUAAUAGUAAUUAUUAUCAUUAUAUCAAUAAUAAUAAGAUUAGGUAA